UCACCAGGCAUCAGGUCAUUUGGCUCGACAGCGGGCACCGCGUCAUCUGGCAAGGCAGUGGGCUCCGAGUCAACAGGCACGACAGUGGGCACCGGGUCAUCAGGUACCGGAUUGUCUAGCUCGACAGCGGGCAUCGGGUCACCAGGUAUGACAGCGGGCACUGGGUCACCAGGCAUCAGGUCAUUUGGCUCGCCAGCGGGCACCGCGUCAUCUGGCAAGGCAGUGGGCACCGAGUCACCAGGUACGACAGCGGGCUCUGAGUCAAUUGGCACGACAGCGGGCACCGGAUCAGGUACCGGAUCAUCUGGAUCAACAGCGGGCAUCGAGUCAACUGGCCUAAUAGGAUCGUCAGGCUGGAUCAGUUCAUCAUACUGGGUAGAGGCAUCAGGCUGAAUGCCGGCUUCAGGCCGAGUAGAGGCUUCAGGCCGAGUAGAGGCUUCAGGCCGAGUAGAGGCAUCAGGCCGAGUAGAGGCAUCAGGCCGAGUAGAGGCAUCAGGCCGAGUAGAGGCUUCAGGCUGCGUACAGGCAUCAGGCCGAGUACAGGCAU